GUCCCUGGAGCUUGCAGCACAGGCAGAGCGCGGCUAUCCUCACAUCCGAGGCUCGGAGAACUUGACGCGAGCCGUGGAGGCACGGCCUGUUUCCGGUGCCACGUCGCCAAGCCUGGUCAUGUCCCUUCCAUCUUCUUCUGCCUCCACGCGCACUCCGUCGCCCGGGAGCUUAGGAGCGUCGAGCAGCCGACGCUGGAGCGGUGCUGAGAUGCAGGUGGCGCCGCCUGUGCGUUGGAAAUGGCAGCCUCGUGACGUUGAGAGGCAGCUGAGAGACCGUGGCGAAGGGGCGUCCCACUUGCGGGGGCGGCGGGCCAACCUGGCACGCAUCCGAGAAAUUCAAGGACUGAGCCGACAGGAUUCAUCAUAG